AUGACAAGUCAAGCGCAGGAUGUGAACUUCGAUUGCUCGGAGAAGGGCAUCGAGGCUCGCCUGGUGCAGAGCAUGGACAGCUCCCAUGUGGCCUUGGUCUCCGUACUGCUGCGGGAGUGUGCCUUUCAGGAGUUCAAGUGCGACCGCGCGGUGUCCUUGGGCAUGAACAUCGACUCCCUCACCAAGAUCCUGAAGAUGACCGGGGCCAAUGACUCCCUGAAGAUCAAGCACCAGCAGGACGCGGACACCGUGAACUUCCAGUGCGAGGGCUCGGACGACCGCAUCUGCGACUUCGACCUGAAGCUCAUGCAGAUCGAGAGCGAGCACAUGGAGAUCCCGGAGCAGCAUUACAAGGUGGUGGCGCGUCUGCCCUCCGCGGAGUUCCAAAAGAUCUGCCGGGACCUGAAGGAGUUCGGGGAGACGAUCCAGAUCAGCGCCAGCAAGGAGGGCCUGAAGUUCAUGGUGCAAGGGGACCUGGGCAGCGGCAACGUGGUGCUGAAGCCGCGGCAGGGGGAGAAGCCGGAGGACACGGUGACCUUGACGGUGCACGAGCCGGUGAGCGCCACCUUUGCGCUGCGAUACCUCGUGAACUUUGCCAAGGCGGAGAAGCUCUGCGGCGCGGUGGAGCUGGGCCUGGGCCCCGAUGCCCCGCUCCUGGUGAAGUAUGACUUGGAGUCCGCGGACAAGGGGCACAUGCAGUUCUAUCUGGCGCCCAAGAUCGACGAGUGA